GGAACAUUGUUCCAGUGUUAAGAGAGUGCUUUACCCCCUGCUUUGCUUAAAACAAAUGCAUUCUAAUGAGGAAAGCGCGCCCGUGCGUGCAUGAAGUAUAGGGAGGGGGGACGAUCUCGCUGGGGCAUGAUUUUGAUAAUGUGAGCUCGGUGUUAUCUCCUAAAAUGCAUUCAAGUUCAUCAUAAUGCACAGCUGCCAAUAGAUGGCAGUAGCUACAUUGGAUGGGUCUCAUUUAGUGCUAGUGACGGACUUUUCAACAACCUUGAAAAAAUAUACUGUUAAAAAAUGAAUGAUCUCUAUCCACUAAAACGUUAUCGCUUUUAAUUUAACGGCUAAUUUAAAACAAUUAUUUAUCAAACAGAUUGAAUUUGAAAUAAAGGCCUGUCUCUAAUAAAAGCCUGCUUCAAAUAAAAGCCUGUUACCUUCGGCAGUUAGGUAAAUAAAGGCCCCGGUCUUUAUUUGAGGAAUUACGGUAAUUCAUAUCAGGGGGAGUAAAUGAGAUUUCAUUUUGUAUAAACUUGUCCUGUGUAGGAUAAUUUAAGUAUAUACUUUAGUUUUUAAGUUAAUGCAUUGUGGGUUGUAGUGACAUUUGGACCAUUUUUUGACAGAACAUUGAAUUUUUACUUUUAAGUGGUUAUGGAAAUCUAAUUUGCCAACUUAUUUAUAUCAGCUUAAGUAUAUUUAGAAGCGCAUUUUUUUUCUAAAUACCAUAGUUACUGUUCCUAAAGCGUAAAAUGUGUCUGAGAAGUUUAUCAUGUGUAUGCCUUUAUUUCUACACAGCUCAUGGACUCAUGAUCGGCAGUGGAGAACGAGACGCUCAAUGGAGGUUGUCCGUCUCUUCAUCUGCAGCUGAUCGAGAGUCCAUUGUGUCUUCUGGGGCUUCAGUGGAGAGGAGUACAGUAGAACAAAAAAAGAAAGGGAAGAAGAGGAAGAAAAAGGGAAGAAAGGCGGCUAUCCGUUCUUUCUUCCAAAAAUCAUUGCAAUCUAUAAUUCAGACAUUCUGUGUCUGCCAUAAUGAGGAAGACUUGGAUCCAUCUGACCCACCUGAUCCAUCUGAUCCUCAGCCAGGUCCAUCCGGCCUGGAGCCAUGUGCCCGUAGAGAGCAUGCCGAUCUACUCAAGCCAACGGGCUAUCACGAACCAGACUAUUGCCUGUCUGGUUCUUAUACCUUGGACAAAACUGAAAUCCAAGAAGAGACUGGUCCCAAACAUGAUGGUCCCUUCGACCAGGAGCUCCGUGCUCAACCGGAUCAGACUUCUAGUCAGUCAUGCCUUUUUGGCCUGCAGAGGGCUCGUGAAGACAAUCUGCAAUAUAGUCCCUUCGGACUUGAGACGGCGAGCUAUGAAGGGCGAAACAAAUGCCUGUUUCGUUCAUUGAAUACCUUGGAUACAACUGAUAUCCAAGAAGAGACUGGUCCCAAACAUGAUGGUCCCUUCGACCAGGAGCUCCGUGCUCAACCGGAUCAGACUUCUAGUCAGUCAUGCCUUUUUGGCCUGCAGAGGGCUCGUGAAGACAAUCUGCAAUAUAGUCCCUUUGGACUUGAGUCGACGAGCUAUGAAGGGCGAAACAAAUGCCUGUUUCGUUCAUUGAAUACCUUGGAUACAACUGAAAUCCAAGAAGAGACUGGUCCCAAACAUGAUGGUCCCUUCGACCAGGAGCUCCGUGCUCAACCGGAUCAGACUUCUAGUCAGUCAUGCCUUUUUGGCCUGCAGAGGGCUCGUGAAGACAAUCGGCAAUAUAGUCCCUUCGGACUUGAGACGGCGAGCUAUGAAGGGCGAAACAAAUGCCUGUUUCGUUCAUUAAAUACCUUGGAUACAACUGAUAUCCAAGAAGAGACUGGUCCCAAACAUGAUGGUCCCUUCGACCAGGAGCUCCGUGCUCAACCGGAUCAGACUUCUAGUCAGUCAUGCCUUUUUGGCCUGCAGAGGGCUCGUGAAGACAAUCUGCAAUAUAGUCCCUUUGGACUUGAGUCGACGAGCUAUGAAGGGCGAAACAAAUGCCUGUUUCGUUCAUUGAAUACCUUGGAUACAACUGAUAUCCAAGAAGAGACUGGUCCCAAACAUGAUGGUCCCUUCGACCAGGAGCUUCGUGCUCAACCGGAUCAGACUUCUAGUCAGUCAUGCCUUUUUGGCCUGCAGAGGGCUCGUGAAGACAAUCGGCAAUAUAGUCCCUUCGGACUUGAGACGGCGAGCUGUAACUUACCAGUGAAAUGCCUCUCUGGUUCAUGUUCCUUGGACACAACUGAAAUCCAAGAAGAGACUGGUCCCAAAAAUGAUGGUCCCUUCGACCAAGAGCCCCAUGCUCAACCGGAUCAGACUACUAGUCAGCCAGGCCCAUCCGGCCUUCAGGGGGCUCGUGAAGAUAAUCGGCAGUAUAGUCCCUUCGGACUCGAGCCGACAAGCUAUAAAACACCAGUCUUUUGCCAGACUAGUUUAUUUACAUCAAAGCAAACGGAUCGUCAAGUUCCAGCUAAACCUGAACAUCGUCCAUGCUCUGAAAAGGAGAAAAGUGAUGAAGCUGAAGCUGACCCUGAACCAUCUGAACUGCAGUUAAAUUACCGGCCUGGAAGAAUAUUUAAAUUUCAUUAUGAAAUGGGAAGACAUAUAGGAAGAGGUGCCUUUGGUAAUGUUUAUGAAGGAAGACGCCUGUCUGAUAACAAAAAGGUCGCCAUCAAAACAAUCGAUAAGUCGUUUAGGAACCGGUACAUCGAACUUCCUGAUCACAAAAGCGAUUUGCUUGCAGAAGUGGCUAUAAAUCUGCUUUUACUCAAACCGAAGAAAAGCCCACACAUUGUGGAAAUGUUGGACUGGUUUACUGAAGAUGAUGAGCACAUCCUGGUUUUAGAGUAUCCGGAUCCCUGCGUGACCCUGACGAAGUUUAUAAGAGACAAUGGUUGCCUCUCUGAAGAGCUGGCACGUGAUUUUAUGCGGCAAGCGAUCCUCGGUGCUAAAGACUGCUUUAGGCGCGGUGUCUACCAUGGUGACAUAAAGCUUGAUAACAUCCUGAUCAAUACAGACACGAUGAAGCUCAAGUUAAUCGACUUUGGAGUCAGCCAACUUACGGAAGCUUGUACCGUUCAUGGCGUGGACAAAAGGAAGCAAGGACCUUGUGUUGCAAAGACGAUCUGUUCUUUUGGUGCUUUACUUUACAAAAUGCUGCAUGGAGACGAGCUGUCUAAACCCUAUUAUGAAUUCACCAAAAGUUAUCGGUCUAGAAGUUCAUCCAAAGAGUAUGAAGAAUUCAUGGAUCUGUGUUUUCAGAAUUAUAAAAGAGGCAGAAAGAGAAAGCCAAAAUUAGAUGAUCUCUUAAAACACCCAUGGAUGAUGAAAAAAUAAAUAUUGAGUUUAUAUUUUUAUGAAAAUGUUAUUUAUUCAUUCAUUGAUGACAAGAACAAUAAAAACUAUUACAUUUUCUAUUUUUAAAAA